AUGAAUGAAAUGAUGUCUUCGUCUUCGCCCGUAAUAACAGUCACUCGUCAUUACAAUACGAGAAACAAAUUAAAUAUUUUCGAUGAAUACGAUAUCAAUAGUGGUUUCAUAACCAGUCGAUUGGGUUUAUUGAAGUUUUUAAUUCUGCUAUUUUCGCUGAUAUGUCUGAUCCUAGUGUUGGCCGAAACUCAAACGGCCGCCUGUGCUAAGAGUGAUCGACGACUGUCGGAUCAGGUGACCUGUUAUAAGAUAUACACGGGUGACCUAUUCCUCCUGCUCGUUAACUUUUGCCAUUUGUAUGUCAUUGUCUUAAUGGCCGUCACAUCCAUCUUCUCCAUAACCAGCGAAUCAUUGCUCCCGAAGACUACUUUUGACUACGUGUUUCAUCACAUGGCGUUUGGUCUGUAUCUGAUUGGAGGCAUUUGGGUAUUGAUUGACUCGUUAUCUGAUGGCAGAACCGGUGUCAUCAUAACCGGAUCGUUGUUUGCAUUGUUGUGUUCGGCCGGACAUCUCUUUCACGGCAUGUAUUCCUAUGCAAAAAGUUUGGACGUCUGAACACUUUUUAUCAUAUAUUUUGU